UCGGGUUCAACUUGUGCUGUUGUUGGCUGUCACAACAGCUCCAGAAAACUGAAAGACGAGCUAGAAACGUAUUGUUUUGCACAUCAACAACUUCGAAAGGCCUGUGUGUGCCCAGCGCGUUACGAACUGCACUCCAUGCCGAGGAAGGAGGAUCGAAAACGAGCGUGGCUGGCAGCUUUAAAACUCAAAUACCCCCCGAAGAGAGUUUAUGUUUGCUCCUUUCAUUUUAUUGAUAAAAAGCCCACAGAGCUUCACCCCGACCCGGAGCUCUAUCUGGGCUAUGACCGGGCCCCACCAAAGAAAAGAAGGCAGCUCAUCCGGACCACUGUGAGCCAGACAGCUUCCAGCAACAUCGACAAAACGGCCGAAUCUGUUCCCGAGUGCACCGUAGAUUCACCGUCAGUCAUCCCAGACCUGGCUAGCGUCUCCACACAACCUCCUGGGCCACAUCUGCACUCAGUCCACACACAGUGGGAGGACCCUUCGCUAAAAGAUCAUCAUCAAUACUGCAACACGUCUGGCAGAAAAGAUGUCCAGGACAAGACGACUCAGUGUGAUGAAGUUGCAUUUUUUCUUCUACAAAAUGACGCAGACGCUUUGCUGUACACUGGUAUAGCGUUAGAAACAUUUCACACUCUUGUGUCAGCACUGGAAGGAGAUGACAACAAUGAAUUUACAAUGCCUGUACAAGAUCAAGUCCUUAUAACACUUAUGAAAAUAAAGACUAAUCGUGUAAUGGGUGACCUAAGCCGCCAGUUUAAUAUAUCACAGAGCAUGGCUAGCAAGAUCAUUUCAUACUGGUUAGACAGACUGGAGGAAUAUUUCCGACCAUUAAUUCCGUGGCUGGCAAAAGAAACUAUUCAAGCUACUAUGCCUGCAGCCUUCAAGAAGAACUUUCCGAAUACUACAUGCAUAAUAGACUGCAGUGAGAGCCUGUUGCAGAAACCCAAAAAUCUGGGCUCAAGAGGUGAAUCAUACAGCCACUAUUAUUCACACAACACAGUCAAAUAUUUGGUAGCUGUUGCACCAUGUGGACUAAUCAUGUUUGUGUCUGCGGCAUAUGGCGGUCGAUGUAGUGACAAAUUUAUCACAAUGGACUCUGGAAUAUUAAACUACCUGAAACCUGGUGAUGAAGUCAUGGCAGAUAGAGGUUUUACAAUAAAAGAGUUGCUUUUUGAGAGAAAAGUUAGAUUAGUAAUUCCUGCUUUCACAAAAAAAAAAGGGACAGCUAACUGAGGAACAGGUAACAUGCA